GUCGGGAAGGCUCCGAGCCGCAGAGCCCAGGGAGGAGGAGCCACGGGAGGGGCCGACUGGAAGCAGCCACCUCAGCGAAGAGGCAGGAUUUCCGCAGGGUGAAUGCCGGUGUCUCCCGGAAGAAAGGGCUCCUGCUGCAGAUGUCCCGUGAUUACCUUGGAAGUCUUGCUUCGCCGGUUGAAACUGCAGAAUAAAGAAGGAUUAGCAAAAUAUGGCUACGGAGGGCCCUGCCGUGCGUCGAGUCCAGGUGGCGGAACAUCCCAGAUUGGUGAAGCUAAAAGAGAUGUUUAAUUCUAAGUUUGGAUCCAUUCCCAAGUUCUAUGUUCGAGCACCAGGAAGAGUCAAUAUAAUAGGAGAGCAUAUAGAUUACUGUGGAUAUUCUGUUCUUCCAAUGGCUGUAGAACAAGAUAUGUUAAUAGCUGUGGAACCUGUGAAAACACAUGUUCUCCAGUUGGCCAAUACCAAUCCCUUGUACCCGGACUUCAGUACUAGUGCUAAUAACAUCCAGAUUGACAAAACCAAGCCUCUGUGGCACAACUAUUUCCUAUGUGGAUUUAAAGGAAUUCAGGAACACUUUGGUCUCAGUGACCUGACUGGAAUGAACUGCUUGGUAGAUGGAAACAUCCCACCGAGUUCUGGCCUCUCCAGCUCCAGUGCUUUGGUCUGUUGUGCUGGCUUGGUGACACUCACAGUGCUGGGCAUGAACCUAUCCAAGGAAAAACUACAAUGUGUUGCUCUUCAACUUAGAAUAUCUAAUUUCCUGCUGCUGCUGCUGCUAAGUCGCUUCAAUCGUGUCCGACUCUGUGCGACCGCUCUAGGUUCAUUCACCUUAUUAGAAUUCAGUCAAAUGUGUUCAAAGGUGCAAAUUUCUCUUGAUGAGGUGGAAACAUCUCUUUUAUCCCCAGCUUGUUCGCAUCUGGUGCUGAAGCCUGAAGUCAGUAGGAAAGACAGGCAGGAAGUGACAAUGGAUGUAGGGAAGAGCGAGGGCAAGCUUGAGCUCAGGAAGAAGAGCUGGAAUCAGGGUCAGACUCACUACCUCCAGGCCUCUAGUUCUGAUGAUACUGGUGGAAGCCAAACAUUGCUCACCUUCAAACUCUACCAGCGGGCAAAGCACGUGUACAGUGAGGCUGCGAGAGUGCUCCAGUUCAAGAAGAUAUGUGAAGAAACACCUGACAACAUGGUCCAGCUGCUUGGGGAGUUAAUGAACCAGAGCCACGGGAGCUGCCGGGAUAUGUACGAGUGUAGCUGCCCUGAGCUGGACCAGCUGGUGGACAUCUGUCGGAAAUUUGGGGCUCAAGGAUCACGACUUACUGGAGCAGGAUGGGGAGGCUGCACAGUUUCAAUAGUACCUGCUGAGAAGCUGUCCAGCUUCCUGGCAAAUGUGCACGAAGCCUAUUACCAGAGGAGCAACCGAAGCUUAGCGCCGGAGAAGCAGAGUUUGUUUGCUACCAAACCUGGAGGUGGAGCUUUGGUUUUCCUUGAGGCCUAAACAAUGUAAAAAAUCUCCAAGAAACUAUUUAGAGCAUUUAGGGACUGGCAGGACUUCUUAUGCCAUAGUACAUUAAUCCUCCUCCUGUUUUGUAUUAUGAAGAAAUGGUUGCUAUUAUCAAGAUAUAUUUCCAAAGAAAUGGUUGAAAUCUCCCCAUGCUUCAUAAAGAUGAUUUUUCCACCUGAAAUAUGUUUUCUACCAAUAACGGCAAAGAUUAUGCUUGGAUAGAGAUCUCUUAAGAUAAUUUACUUAGAUUUAUUGAUUUCAAGAUUUUUAAAGACACAUGGUAAAAGCCCAUCAAUACGGGUACCUCAUGGACUGUAUCUGAAGUAAACACACAUUCUUAAAUGCA